GCAGCAGCGCUGGGUGGCUUCCUCUUUUUUCCUCCCGGCCUGGCUGCUGCAAUCCCUUGUCUUCCCAAACCGGGGCGAGCGCGACGUGCAGCGGUUCAGCGGGCCAUGGAGGCUGAGGGGCUCCCGCGCGGGCUCCCGGGCAACUGCCUGGCCGCGAGGGGGCGGGGGAGUCGGCGGUGGCGGUUGCCCGUAUCUCGGUCGGUGGCCUUUUGCUCGCUGUUGGUACUGAUGGCGGCGACGUGCAGUGAGGAGGCGGACGCGGGAACCGAGGAGCAGGCGGCCCGGGGCUGGGGCGACGAGAAGUGCCAUUUCUACGCAGGGGGCGAGGUCUAUCCCGGAGAGGCAUCGCGGGUGCCCGUCUCUGACCACUCCCUCCACCUCAGCAAGGCCAAGAUUUCUAAACCAGCACCCUAUUGGGAAGGAACAGCAGUCAUCAACGGAGAGUUUAAAGAACUGAAGUUAUCAGAUUAUGAAGGAAAAUACCUUGUUUUCUUCUUUUAUCCUCUUGACUUCACAUUUGUGUGUCCAACGGAGAUAAUUGCCUUCAGUGAGAGAGUAGAAGAAUUCAGAGCAAUAAACACUGAGGUGGUAGCUUGUUCGGUUGACUCACAAUUCACUCAUUUAGCAUGGAUCAAUACUCCACGAAAAAAAGGAGGGCUUGGACCAGUAAGGAUACCAAUUCUUUCAGAUUUGACACACCAGAUUGCAAAGGAUUAUGGAGUGUAUCUGGAGGAUCAAGGACAUGCUCUUAGAGGUCUUUUCAUUAUUGAUGACAAGAAAUUUCUUCGACAAAUAACACUGAAUGACUUGCCUGUUGGCAGAUCUGUGGAUGAAACUCUGCGACUAGUUCAGGCAUUCCAGUACACUGACAAACAUGGAGAAGUAUGCCCCGCUGGUUGGAAACCUGGCAGUGAAACAAUAAUUCCAGAUCCUGCAGGAAAACUGAAGUAUUUUGGAAAAUUUAACUAACUGUUAAUUCUGAAAACAAAACUAAAGCUGCCAAUAAAGUUGUUAAUUUUGAUGCUA